AUGAAAUGGCUAUGCAUUUUCAUGAUUCUAAUGGCUGGUGUUUCAAUUGCAAUGAGUUUGAUGGCUGAUACUCCACAUUAUCCAUGGCGUAAUUGUCAAUGUCAACGAGGCGGAGAACGCAAUGGUCAUUGUCAUUGUCCAAAUAAUGCCCGAAUGGCUAAUACCUAUUGUCGACAUGGAGGAAAUCAUUGGAUUUGUUUCCCAUUCGGUCGUCGACGACGCUCAGUUUCUUCUGAAGAAAACCACGAUCAUGCUUAUGAAUGA